UGAAAGGUUGAUACAAUGCAGCGAGUUGGGGGCAUUCUGUAGAACUCGAUGCGUCAAUGAUCACCUUUCAAAUUUUUGGGGCUUUAUUUUUGUUCGAUCGAAGGAAAUUUAAUUUCAAACUUGACAUAUGCAAAAAGCCAAAACAGCGGCAGUGUUGUCAUGUCAGGAAACCGUCAACUUUCAUCACACUUCUGACAAAAGGAGCUCUUUCAAUCCGAGACGUAUCUACAAGAAACACACGACCUGAACUAAUUAGAUUAUGGUAAAAUGGAAGAUGACUUACACCGCGAGUUUACUUGUCCAAUAUGUGCCGACAUUUUCACCAACCCUAAAGGACUGCCGUGUCUCCAUUCCUUCUGUAGAGAGUGUCUACGAGUGUAUAUAACGAAGCAACAAGAAGCCAAGGGAAGGAAGUAUGAGUUUUCAUGUCCAGUGUGUCGCCAUAAUGUGGUUCCUCCGGAUGUCAAGAAGCCCGCGGAGAGUUGGGUGGACCAGUUCCCCAGUAACCACCAGAUCAUCAGUCUUAUGGACAUCAUGCUUCCGAAGAAAAAUGACAAGCCUUGUAAACUCUGUCAAAAGCGCGAAAUAACCAUGAAAGCAAUAAAUGUCUGUCGCGCGUGUCAAGAGGAAUACUGCGCCGAUUGCUCCAAAUUUCAUCUUCUUCUGAAAGCCACCAAAAAUCACAAACUGUAUCCUUUGGACGGUAUAUCGCUGCCGUCCAGGACCACCACUGCCGGGACAACCAUCUCCCUCCCAGAAGAGUCCGCUAACUCGUUUGAGUAUACUAUAGAAAGUGGGCAUUGUAGGCAAGUAAAAGUGACUUCGGAAUCGGAUAAUGCGGAAUGUUGGAUAACGGGUGCCGUGUUUUUGGAGGACGAUAAAGUGUUAAUAGUAGACAAUAGAAAUCUCAAAUUAAAACUGUUUUCGGCGGAUUUUCAAUUGUUGACAGAGGACGAUUCUUUCAAACCUUAUGACGUCGCUUUAAUAGACAACGAAACCGUGGCGGUCAGUGAUUCCGGAUGCGUCCGGUAUUGUGACAUCGAGAGAAAUUCACUGAAGUCAUCAAAGACAUACAACAACGACUGGAAAAUCUAUGUGCCAAAGGUCCUUUCAUUGUCAGGAUACUGUAGAGGAAUAUGUAGUUGUAAAGGGAAAAUAGCCGUGUGCUCCGGAAAGGACUUGGAUAAGCGAAUUAUUUUUCAGGACAUAGAAAUCAUUCGACAUAUUUGGCAAGACAUCGAUGGAAAGAGUUUGUUUCGAGAACCCUGGUACUGCGCGAUGAACGAAUCUGGAAGUCUCAUCUUUGUGGCUGAUGGUGUUGGGGUGGAGGGUCACGUGAUAUGUAUCACUACGCAAGGUCGGUUUAGAUGGAAACACAAGUUUGAAAUGCCAAGAGGACUGUGUAUCUGUGGAGACCAUCUCUUUGUCGCCGACAUGAAGGACAACAGCAUCAAGGUCAUAUCGUUAGAUGGAAAGGAAGUGAAGACCCUGUUGACGAGAGAGGACGGUAUACAGCGCCCCCAGUGUGUGGCCAUCAACAGUACUGGGGACAAACUGCUCGUGUCCUCCUGUCCCCCCUACAAUAACGACUAUGUCUCAGUAUUUGACCUGACGUAUAAAAAGGGGAAGAAAAAGAGACCCGCCUCAGCACAACCGGCAGUCAAUGUAGCAAGGCAGAGCGAACUGUGUUCUGUUAGCUGAACGCCUCGUUUUGGAUUUUUUUUGUGUAUGCACCCAUUGAAUUUUUGUUAAAGUUAUUUGUUAUUAGGUCAAUAAACACU